AUGAAUAGAUUCCUAUGGCUUAAUUCUUACAACUUCGAUUCUGAUCAGGCAAAUCAAAUUGAAUUAGAUGUAGUUGAAUCUGUUCAUUUUUAGAAGUCAUCUCACAUCAUUUCUCUCAUUAGAUCAAAAGAAAUAGCUAGAACUAGACAACUAUCAAUAAGAAAUUACUUGCUUAUGAGACAAGAUUUAUAAGGUGGGAUAGUCUUGAAUAUUAGGCAAUCAGAUGGAGCUAUAUUUGUUAUUCUUUCUGAUGAAAUUGAAGCAGGAGAAACUGGAAUGUUAUUAAAGUUAUCACCAAAUUUAAUCUAAAUACUUAAUUAUUUUACUAUUUCUUCCUAAGGACUAACUUUUACUGCAAUUUAUUAACUAGAGCUUCACUAAAUGAUACUAGCAAUGGGAAUUUCAGGCAUUGGAAAUAAUGAUUUUAGUUAUUUUAUCUAAGAAUUCGAUGAAAUUGGCGAUUUUACUAUUACAACUUACAAUGCACCUUAAUUAGUAAAGUAUGACAUAAUUAUCACAGAGAUUUUUGAAUAAGAUAAUCUUCAAGUUGGAUGUAUGCAAGGUAGAAGCUCUAGCCAUGCCAUAAUUGGAAUUCUAAUUCAUAUUUUUAACAGUGAUAAUGCUGUAUCCUUGACUAGAGAUGCUAGUUCAUCUCAACGGAAAUUUUAAUGUAUUGGCACAAAAAUUGCUCAAAAAGCAGAAAUUUAGGCAGUCUAUAUUGCUACAAAUAGUGAAGAUUCUAAAAUAUUAAUAGUCAGAAUAUAGCAAAGUUCUUAUGAGGAAACUUAGAAUCAUUCUGUGUCUGAAGAAUCAAUGCAUUACUUAAAAAAUAACUCAAUUUCUAUUAAGCAAUUUAAGUUUGUUUCUGUGAUUAAUGACUUUAUUCAUCUUGGUCACUUAAAUGAGUAUUAAGGUAAUAAGAGAGCAUAUAUGUCUCUCCUUUCUCCAGAAAAUAGCUAUUACAGCAUUUUGAAUUUAAACGAAUCGUUUGAUUUUAUAUAUGAUUACUAAAAAUAUUCAGGUUCUGUUGCUGUUGAAGUAAAAGGAAUAAGUAAAAAUGAUGUGAUUUAAAAUAGCCCUAAAAUCAAAAUUAUUAAAAAUCUAUUACCUUAUGUGGUACUGUGGAAGAACUAAUCAGAAAGAAAUAACAAUUAGCUUUUCGUUUCUUAGCUUCCAGUAUAAAUUGAAAGAUCACCUAAGCUUAUUGAAUAAAAUGUUGAUUGCAUAUUAGGGGUAUAGUGUGAGAUAUACUUUUCAAUAUUUAGUUUGAAAAAUUAAUGUAGAGACGAAAUAAAUGAUCAAAGGUCUUAUAGAUUGGAUAUGAUUGAAAACGGCUAAAAUCCAGUGACAACCUACUCUAAAAAGAGUUCUAUGAGUAUUAAAAUUAUUUGA